AUGUUAAAAGCCUCGCGAGCUAUCCUACCCCGGCUCAGGAACCUGUUCAUCACUACCGAAACAACACCUAAUCCAAAUGCCCUCAAGUUCGUCCCAGGCCGCGACGUUCUCGGACCCGGCUCCACCUGUGACUUUCCAGAUAUUCGAGAGGCGUACAAAAGCCCCCUCGCGAAGAGGAUUUUUGCCGUCGACGGUGUCAAAGGCUGCUUUCUUGGUCCCGAUUUUGUGACAAUCAUCCGCCACGAUGAAACGGACGAUUGGCCCGUUCUCAAGGCCGAAUUGUUCGCCGUUUUGACCGAUUUCUUCGACUCCAACUUGCCAAUUAUCAAUGAAGACGCACUUCCUAAUCAGGAUACUAUUAUUUAUGAUGAUGAUGUCAUGCUCGGGUUUUUCAUUAUUUUGGCUUUUAACGCAGCACACGUAAAACGCGUCUAUGUCAGAAUACGACAAUGA